AUGAGCCCGGUUCUCAAGCAAACCCAACGGCCGCCAUUCGUCAAUAUUCAAGAAAUUCCACUUUCGCGAGGCAUAGCAAAAAUCGCGCCAUUAUCCGCGGAAACACAAUGGCGGACACAAGCAUCAAUUAUAAAUUCUGGACGCGGACUUAUCAUAGACGCAUUGUCCGGCAAAGUAGAGAGCCUGUGGUGUAAGAGUGGACACGGUGCCGCUCAAAUGAAAUGUGUGAAGGGUUGGCCUGAGCUGCAUAAGCUGGCUCUAAACCACGCCACAUCCACGCCCAGGGCUUUACUAACCCCGGAUUAUGGUGAUUUCCAUCCAUGCGGUGAUGCUCGUUUGUUUUUAUGGCCAGAUUACACCGGCGUUGGCGAUCGGUUCUCUAAGAAAACUUGGCAAGGAGUUUUAAGCUUUAUGGCUAACUAUAUAAUUUGA